AUGAAGAGUACUUAAAAAGAAAAGCCCAUUCAGGUGGUGAAGUACACUAAAGAAACAUAAAAAUUUGAAAUAACACAAGAGGCUAGAGAAUUUUUUCAAUAAUUGGAUGGAGACAUAGGUUUUGUUGUAGUUUGUGGGAAGUACAGAACAGGCAAAAGCUUCUUGUUAAAUAAGUUAUUAGAUGCAGGAGGAGAAGGAGUAAGUUUAUGAUUAAAGUUUAAAGUUUAGAGUUGAUGCUGCAACUGACUCUUGCACCUAAGGUAUUUGGAUGUAUUCGAAACCAAUCAUUAACCCAAAGACUAAUCUUUAGAUUUAUUUCUUAGAUACCGAAGGAAGUGAGUCAAUUGAGAGAACCACAAACCAUGAUGCAAAAAUAUUUGCUUUAGCUAUUUUAAUGAGUUCUAUUUUUGUUUUCAAUUCAAGAGGCUGCAUAGAUGAAACAUCUAUUUCUCAAUUGCAAUUAACAACGACAUUAGCAAAGAAUAUAUAGGUUUAAGAUUAGAAUAAGGAAUCUGUUAAUGAGUCCUAAAUCAAAUAUUUUACGCCUAAAUUUGUUUGGAUUUUAAGAGAUUAUGUUCUUGAAAUGAGAGAUUAACAUCAAAGAGAGUUGACCCCAAAAGAAUACAUGGAAAAUUGUUUAACAGAUGAGAGUUAAUAUAUUAAAUAGAAUGAAUAGAGCAAAAAAAUUAGAAAAUCUCUACUUAAUUUUUUUAAAGAGAGGCAUUGUUUCCCAUUAAUCACUCCUGUCGAUGAUACUUAGCUGAAAAAUGUUGAUUAAUUGGCUUUGAAUCAAUUGCGACCUGAAUUUUAAAAGACUGUAAAUUUUAUAUAAUUAAUCUAAAGUUGAUGAAAUUGAAGGAAUACCUUAUUAGCAACUGUUCUCCAAAAUAAAUACAUUCUGAAAAUGUGAAUGGAAGAAUGUUCUGCGCAAUGUUGGACAAUUACAUAAGUGUAAUCAAUAGGGGAGGUGUACCUAACAUUGACACAGCAUGGGACAGUAUUCUGAAGAAUGAAUGUGUUUAAGGAUAUGAGUAGGCAAAAAAAAACUAUUAGAACAAUUACACUAAUUUCUUCAUUCAAAACAAAAAUUCAAGAAAAUUAGAGGAGACUUUUUAGGUUUUAUCAUAAAUUCGAAGUGAAUGCUUUGACACAUUUCAUCUUAUUGCAGGAGUACGUGAAAUGAACAAACAUUAUGAAGAUUACAAAUAAAAACUAAUAGAUUUAAUGAAUAAAACUGAAACUGAUGUUUUAAAUUAAAAUGACGAAAUUCAUUAAUCGUAAAAUCUUGAAUUUUAUUUAGAAAAAACCAAGAAAUCAUAGCAUAAGAAACCAAGAAGGUCUAGGAUGAUGUGGAAAAGGAGAAUUAUACUUUUGAUGAUUUACAUUUUUUUUCAUCUGAUUUCGUAGGGUAUUGACUGUAUUAAUUUUAGGUUUGUACUGAACUAUGAUAAACAAGCAUCUGGUGUUAGGAAGGCAAGCACACUUUAUGAUUAUUUAAAGUUAACUCACUCAAAUCUUUUAAAAAAAUUGGAGAAAUCAAUAAGGCAAAAAUAGAAUAAGAAAGGAGGAACUCAGACUAACAUUAAUUAAGAGUUGGCAUAGGAAAUUCGAGACUAUGAUUCUUAAUAUAAAUUAUUAGAAUAGAAUAUUACCUAAUAAGAUACCUAAUUGAAGAAGUUGGAAGUUGAGAAGCAAAAAUUGGAUGAAGAAAAAAAGAGAUUAAAGGAUGAACUAGAGAAGCUUCAAAAAGCCAAUCAAUAGUAAGGACCGAGCCAAAUUAAUAAUGCUGAAAAAUAAAAAUUAGAGGAUGAUUUAAAGAAGUAAGAAAAGGAUAAGCAGGAACUAAAUUUAAGACUAAAAGUAUUUAAUUAUGUUAAAAUUUAGAAUCUUACAAAAAAAAAGAAGGGCUGUUGUGGAUGA